AUGCGCUCCUUAGCGGGGCUGGCUGCCAUUGUGGCGGCUGCGAGCUUGUACCUCUACCUGCUGUCCACUCACCUUCCUCCGGGACGGGAGCACCUCAAGUCGGCCUCUGAAGGGGAGGACCAGGCAGUACAAGAGUUCAGCCUGAAGUUCCCGUCAGACCUGGAUGAGCUGCGGGAGCUCGCUGAGAUGCUUAAGUUUUAUAAAAGAGAACAUCACGGCUAUGUUCUGCUGCUGUUCUGCAGCGCUUACCUGUAUAAACAGUCCUUCGCCAUACCCGGCUCCUCCUUCCUGAACAUGUUAGCAGGUGCGAUAUUCGGGCCUUGGGAGGGUUUGGCGUUGGCCUGCCUGCUCACUACUCUAGGAUCUACUUUCUGCUUCCUGCUGUCUUCUGUCUUUGGGAAGCAGCACGUGGUUGAGGUCUUCCCUGAGAAGGUGCUGCUGCUGCAGAGGAAGGUGGAGGAAAAUCGCAGCAGUUUGUUCUUCUUCCUCCUUUUCCUUCGUUUCUUCCCUAUGACUCCUAACUGGUUCCUAAACAUCACCUGUCCUGUCCUCAACAUCCCUAUGCCCAUUUUCUUCUUCUCUGUGUUCAUAGGUUUGAUCCCCUACAACUUUAUCUGCGUUCGUACGGGCUCCAUCCUCUCACAUAUUCACUCUCUGGAUGAUAUCUUCUCCUGGGGUACGCUGGCCCAGCUCCUGGCCAUUGCUCUCAUGGCUCUGGUCCCAGGUGCGCUGAUCAAACGUUACAGCAAAGAUCACCUGAAAGUGGACGGCAUGGACAGCAAUGGACAGAGUCCGGUUCAAAACAAGCAGGGACGGAAGAAACAGUGA